AAUUAUAAAAUGAAUCCAGAAAAUUCCCAAAGAAAUUCUUCUGUCCAAAAUGCGAAUGAAUUAAAUAGUCAACGUUCUACUGGGGUUAAACGUUUAUUGAAUGAAGCAAAAGAACUUUGUAAACCUAAUGAAUUAUUUCAUGCUCAACCUUUGGAGGAAAACCUUUUUGAAUGGCAUUUUACUGUUCGAGGGCCUCCAGAUACUGUUUAUUCGGAGGGUGUCUAUCACGGACGAAUUUUGCUUCCUGUUGAGUAUCCAAUGAAGCCCCCAAAUUUACGUCUUCUAACGCCGAAUGGAAGAUUCGAAACAAAUAAAAAUAUUUGUUUAAGUAUUUCUGGUUAUCACCCCGAGACUUGGCUGCCGUCUUGGUCAAUUAGAACAGCUCUGCUUGCACUUAUUGGAUUUAUGCCUACUCAUUCAGCUGGAGCACUUGGAAGUUUGGAGUGUAGUCCAGAGGAAAGACAACGAUUGGCAAUAAUGAGUUUGGAUUGGAAUUGUCCUCAAUGUGGAAUUAAAAUGAGGGAUGUUCUUCCUCAAAUUGAGAAAAAUGAAGACACUAAACGAUUAAUUGAGGAAGUAAAGAAUGUUUCUUGUAAACAAACUGUUUCUCUUGAAGAAAAUUCAUCCGUCCCAGAAAUUGUUUCUACUCUUGAAUCGAUUGUGAGAGAAGUUGUGGAUGCAUCAGAAAAUAAUUUAAUUAGUGACCCUCCACAACAAAUCGAAGAAUCAACCCAACAACAACAAAUUUCAAUUAACAAUAAUAUCCUUCCAAAUACUCAACAACAACAACAAUUAAUUCAACCCUCUUCUCGUCCCUUUCUUUUAGAAAAUCCUCUUAUUUGGAUUUUUGUUUUGUCGAUAUUAUUUUUUGCUUUGUUCUUUCGACGUUUAUUAAGUCAAAAUAUUGAGGGAAUUUAAACAAAAAUUUUAAAAUAAGAAGAAAAUGAAGAAAUUAUUUUUUUUAAAAUCGGGUUUAAUCUUUUUCUUUUUAAAUUGAGGUUUUUAAAUUAGAGAUUAGAUAAUGUGAAUUAAUUAUUUUAUUAAAAUUGUCUUUUAAUGUUAAUAUUUCCAGAUUUUGUUAAAUAAAAAAAUUAAUCGUACGAGAGUUAAUCAAAAAUUUUUUGUGAAUUUUUUUCGUUAAUUAAAUUGUCCGCUUAUCGCCCAACCUCCCUCCCUCUACUGUCCGAAUGUCUUAAACUCCCUCAGUUCACCACGUUGUAUCUUAUUUUUGUUUUUUCAUUCGAGAAAAAAAUUGGGCGAUCACUGCACCGACUUCCGAACCGUAUGCAACCGCCAUGGAAGGCCAUGUCCAGGCCGAUGUUCUUGGGAGAUGUCCCGAACCCUGGCAUACUGAGGCCAAGCCUUAAGCCACUUCCAGUGUGCCCUGACUGCGGCGAUACGCAAAUCAUAUUCGCA